UAAGUACGCUUUUGGAUCAGUGUACAUCGGUUCCCAACUUUUGAACCCUAUAUUAACUUAAUGUUAAUACCUUUCUAAAUUAUGAGCAGUAAUAGUGAUCUACGUACUCCCCGUUCUUCGGCUUUUUAUUUACACUACGAGGAUCCGCUUCGGGAUGUUCCUCCCAUCGAUCUGCACCGCAAACACUUUCCCAUUUUGCCACGCCCCCAAGAGCAGCGCAUGGAGGAGGCGGAGGAGCGACGCAGUUUGCUGGGUGGCCAAAAGGUGGAGCAACUUUCUGUUCGUUUGGCGCGAGUGGCGCUGAUCACCGAUCGCCACCAUCGGGAAACAACUCAAAGUUGGUUGGACGCUAGGGAUCGCAUCUCUCGCGACAUGGAUGAACAUGUUCGAAAAAGGACGGCUCUGAUAUCAAAACGUCUAAGAAACCUUAACGAUCAUAAUCACAAGGUUCAGGUGCGCAAGGAUGAGGUGAAGCAGGAGAAACUUCUCAGAAAACUAACUCAUCUUUACGAGGCCAAGAACGCAAGCACCAUUUCACGAUUUUGGGGAAGACCACAAAAACAAACAUAAAUCUUCUGUACCAAAUUGAAGUGGUAAAUAAAAAAACAAGUCUCAACUUA